AUGGGGCAGACACACAAAGACAGGGACAGACACACACAAAGACUGGGGCAGACACACACAAGGACUGGGGCAGACAGACACAAGGACUGGGGCAGACAGACAAAGACAGGGACAGACACACACAAAGACUGGGGCAGACAGACACAAAGACUGGCGCAGACAGACACAAAGACUGGGGCAGACACACACAAGGACUGGGGCAGAAAGACACAUAGACCGGGGCAGACACACACAAGGACUGGGGCAGACACACACAAGGACGGUGGCAGACAGACACAAGGACUGGGGCAGACACACACAAGGACGGCGGCAGACAGACACAAGGACUGCGGCAGACAGACACAAGGACUGGGGCAGACACACACAAGGACGGUGGCAGACACACACAAGGACUGGGACAGACACACACAAGGACGGUGGCAGACACACACAAGGACUGAGGCAGACACACACAAGGACGGUGGCAGACAGACACAAGGACUGGGGCAGACACACACAAGGACGGCAGCAGACAGACACAAGGACGACGGCAGACAGACACAAGGACUGGGGCAGAAAAAGAACCACAAAUACUGGGACAGACACACAAAGACAGGGACAGACACACACAAAGACUGGGGCAGACACACACAAAGACUGGCGCAGCAAGACACAAGGACUGCGGCAGACACACACAUAGACCAGGGCAGACACACACAAGGACUGGGGCAGACACACACAAAUACUGGGACAGACACACACAAGGACGGUGGCAGACACACACAAGGACUGGGGCAGACACACAAAAGGACGGCGGCAGACAGACACAAAGACUGGGACAGACAGACACAAGGACUGGGACAGACAGACACAAGGACUGGGGCAGACAAACACAAGGACUGGGACAAACAGACACAAGGACUAGGGCAGACAGACAAAAGGACUGGGGCAGACAGACACAAGGACUGGGGCAGACACACACAUAGACCAGGACAGACAGACAAAAGGACUGGGGCAGACAAACACAAGGACUGGGACAGACAGACACAAGGACUGGGGCAGACACACACAAGGACUGGGGCAGACACACACAAAGACUGGGACAGACAGACACAAGGACUGGGACAGACAGACACAAGGACUGGGGCAGACAGACACAAGGACUGGGGCAGACACACACAUAGACCAGGGCAGACAGACACAAGGACUGGGGCAGACAAACACAAGGACUGGGACAGACAGACACAAGGACUGGGGCAGACACACACAAGGACUGGGGCAGACACACACAAAGACUGGGACAGACAGACACAAGGACUGGGACAGACAGACACAAGGACUGGGGCAGACAGACACAAGGACUGGGGCAGACACACACAUAGACCAGGGCAGACAGACACAAGGACUGGGGCAGACAAACACAAGGACUGGGACAGACAGACACAAGGACUGGGGCAGACAGACAAAAGGACUGGGGCAGACACACACAAAGACUGGGACAGACAGACACAAGGACUGGGACAGACAGACACAAGGACUGGGGCAGACAGACACAAGGACUGGGGCAGACACACACAAGGACUGGGGCAGACACACACAAGGACUGGGGCAGACACACACAAGGACUGGGACAGACAGACACAAGGACUGGGGCAGACAGACACAAGGACUGGGGCAGACAGACACAAAGACUGGCGCAGACACACACAAAGACUGGCGCAGACAGACACAAGGACUGGGGCAGACACACACAAGGACUGGGGCAGACACACACAAGGACUGGGGCAGACACACACAAGGACUGGGGCAGACAGACACAAGGACUGGGGCAGACACACACAAGGACUGGGGCAGACAGACACAAGGACUGGGGCAGACACACACAAGGACUGGGGCAGACAGACACAAGGACUGGGGCAGACACACACAAGGACUGGGGCAGACAGAGAAACACAAAUACUGGGACAGACAGACACAAAGACUAUAGCAGACAGACACAAGGACUGGGGCAGACAGACACAAGGACUGGGGCAGACAGACACAAGGACUGGGGCAGACAGACACAAGGACUGGGGCAGACAGAGAAACACAAAUACUGGGACAGACAGACACAAAGACUAUAGCAGACAGACACAACGACUGGGGCAGACAGAGAAACACAAAUACUGGGACAGACAGACACAAAGACUAUAG